AUGAUGCUCAAAUUUUUUGUCCUUUUUGCGUCUCUACCUUUGAUAGUGUCUGAAGAAUUCUUCAUCUCCCCCUGUCAUGAUGAAGAUGAGAAAAUACCUUGGCAGAGUGCAAUAAAUGCCGGCUUCCGAAAUUAUAUCCUAAAUACUACAGGGGUGUGGAGCCCCGUGAACUAUAACUGCUAUUUCGAGGAAGAUCUCAAAAAAAUUCUUUCACAUUCGAGAAUACCAGUUGUUUUUAGAUUUCAAAUCAGAAAUGGCCCAAAGCUACAUUCAAACGAUGUCACACGAAUGGUCUUUGAAACACUGAAGGAGAUGAAGAAGCAAGAAAGUUAUCCGAAGGAUCCGAUAUUAAGUGAGCUUGAAAAGGUACUAAUUUUCAAACCUUAA